UAUUUCUGUUAUGAUAUUACAGGAUCAUCAUGGUGUUUUUUGUUUGCGGUGGUUGUGGGGAAACCCUCAAGAAGAAUCAGGUGGAGAAACAUACCUUCAAAUGUCGUUCCUGUCAGAGCCUGACCUGUAUGGACUGUUCCAAAGAGUUCUGGGGAAACGAUUACACUACCCACACCAGCUGUGUGUCAGAGAACGAAAAGUAUGGAGGCAUCAACUAUGUAGCAAAAGAAAACAUCGGCCAAAAGAAACAAGAGGAGUGGGUUACCCUUCUGAAAGACAAGAUAGCCAGCACAAAAGCCAUAAAUCCACGGCUCGAGAACCUCUUCCAUCGCCUGCUUCAAUAUGACAACAUUCCCCGAAAAAAGGCUAAGUUUCUGAACUUUUUGAGAAGCAGUAAACUGGGAAAUGAAGCCUUGGCUGAAGAGGCAUGGAAGUAUUUCGAAGAUGUCCAGCAAAUAUUAUCCAAGAGGCAGAAUGAUCAAAAUAGCAAGCCCAAUCAAAAAAACACAGAUUCUCAGAAGGUGGAGGAGGAUGUUAAUUCAGCCACUCAAAUAGAUUCUUCAACCACGCCUGAAGCAACUCAGGAAGAGCCCCAGCGCAAAUCGAAGAGGGAGCGGAAGGAAGAAAGGCAGAAGAAGCAGACCAAAGUCCAGAAGAAGGACAAGAGAAAGAGACCUAUUGAAGAUGAAGGCGAGACUCAGGAGACAGAGAAACCAAAGAAAAAGAAAAAGGCAACAGCAGCAGUAAAGGAAGAGGAUGAGAAAGCAAACCAAGAAAACGUGGAACCAGAGAAAGCAGAGAAUGGGCUGGAGGAGAGUAUGGCCCAGGAAGGUGAAGAUUCAGAAGGUGCCAGUGGUCACAGUCCUUUCAAGUGGAAGAAAGCCAUUCACACCAUCUUGAAAGAUGCACCUGAAGAAGGAAUGAAAAUGAAGAAGUUGAAACGAAAGCUCUUCGCUCUGUACGUAGGGUCGAAGAGCGAAGCUGCUCACAGAAAAUCAGAUGUGGAAAUUGAUGCUCUGAUAUCUAAGAAGUUACAAAGGAGGAAUGACAAAUAUGUUGUUGUUAAAGACAGAGUGAAACUAAAGAACACAAGUUAGAUAUGCAGCUAAAAAAUAAAAAUUAGCUGAGGCAUAAUUUGAUUAUAUGUUGUAUUGUGUAAUAAGGUACCCUGGCACUUAAUGGGAGUAAAAUUUAUGACAAUGAAUUCAGUUUAAAGGAUUUUUUUAUUCAGUUGCCACUCUAUUGUCACCAUCAAGCCCAGGAAAUUAGCUCUGAUGGCAUGAAGAAAUGGUGUGAUGUGUUUAAUAUUUCUCUUUGUGUUUUCCUGUGCUGUUAAUUCUAUUAUCAAUCUCUUCUUCCAAGACACACACACCGUUAUAAUGUAGAUCAGAUAUUAUCAUCACAAAUGUAUGACUGCCUGGUUUUGUUAGGUGUUAUUAAGAUAUCACAGAGGUAGGCACACACACUAUAAAGAAAUAGUAGUCUCCAGUAAUGUGUCAUAAUCCAAGGACUACACAUAGUAAUGCUUGAAAUUAAGUACAAAAGUCUCAUUAUAUUGAAUAUAAUGUUUUUGUUUCUUUGACUUUUGCUAAGGCAUAUGGGGUGGGAAAUACUGUGCUUUAUUGAGCCUAGAUUUUUCAAGAAGGAUGAAAGAAUAAAUCUGGAGGAUAAGAGGUGUGGCUUGAUAGGUUUCAAGAGUAGCAAUAUUCCUUAGUAUUUACAAGGUUAUGUUUUCAGAAUUAGUUACUGCAUGUCAUUCAGUUGGCUGUUUUUCUUCUCAAGGAAAUUCUCAAGUUUUGAGGUUUUUAUAUAUUUAGAGUAAUACUUACCAUGAUAUGGUGCUCUUUUUUUAUAUAUAAAGAGAGCAAAGGCAAUACAUACUGGUUUUUUCCAUGCAAAAGAUGACAAUACAGUGCUCAAAUGUUGCUGUAUUAGGCAUAAUCUACGUUUCUUUAAAUUGCAAGAGGUCCAUUUAAAAAACUGAGAUAGUCUUAUGUUUAGGGCACUUUCACAAAUUAAUUCAAGAAUCCAGAAAAUAAUUUUAUGAAACAGCUGCAUUUAUCUUGCAGUGUUCUUUAUAAGAUUGAGAGCGCUGAAUACAAGUGUGAACAUAAUUUAUUACAAUGGUAUUAUGUCAGUUACUGCUGCUUGGGCCUGUAUUUUUCAUUAUAUUUUUUACAAUACCUUAGACCUUUAUAGCAAUGAAGUUUAUUAGUUUCAUUUGUUUAUUUCUCAGAGAGAUUGAAAAUAAUUAUACCCUUAUCAUGGCAAAUGAAAGGUAAAGCUAAGUUUUGUACAUUACAUGUAAUAGAUUCCAGAUUUUAGCAAAAUUUGUUAUCCCUUUUGCAUUAUACCAUAUUUAUCUUUUGUAUGUUUGAGUGGACAUUAAACUGUUAUAGUUUA